AUGGGACGAGAUGCUCAGCAAACAGAAGCUCCCUGGUCCAUUUUCUAUUUGUUGUACGGUAAACCAGACGCGAAAGGAGCAAGAACUGCGACGACAUGCACUGGAACUAUCGUUUCCACUCGUCACAUUCUUUUUGCCACUCACUGUUUCGCCGAUUUAAACGACGUUUCUUGGUCUCCCAAAGAUCUACCUUUCGAUAAUAACAACUGCAAAGGAGAUCAUUAUGAGAUCACAAAUGAAGAACUGUUGAAAGCUAUUAAAAUUCAGUCAAACGGCGCUAAAGUUGCACAACACCCAGAGAAAAUCACAAUAGUCUAUGGCUGUAUAAAAAGACAAGCUAACAAAACAACUCCCUACCCAAACGUUGGGCCACAGUAUUACGUAGAUGACUUUGCGAUUAUUGAUUUGUAUGAGGAUCUGACAUUCUCAGAGACUCUCGGAAUGGUUUGUGUAGCAGAGAUCCGGGCCGCGAAUGUAGUCAACACAGUUCUUGAUUAUUUUGGAUUCGGAUUAAACCCUCCGAAGGGUCAACAAGAGGGAAAAGAUAACUCUGGUCUGUUGAGACAUGAAAAAGUUCAAAUUAGGAGUGACAUGCCAAUGGAGGAUUACUAUUUUUUGGCUAUCAGUGUUGAUUCAAAAACAAUUGCUUGUGUAGGAGACAGUGGUGGAGGAUCAAUUGGUGAUAUCAAUGGAAAAAAGACAAUUGUUGGAGUAUUAUCUCAAACGAAUUGCGCCAAUCCAAAAGACCGAGAUGAUAAACCAUUUGAACAAUACGCUUCUGUUGGGUAUUACAAUGACAUCAUCUGCCAAUUGACUGGAAUCUGUAAUACUUCCCAAGAGCAUGACAAAUACCUGCCAAAUAAUGUUCGGCCAGUAAAACCACCACGGCCUACAGAAGCUCCAAUUGUUACUCAUCAAAGAGAAAUCGGACAAGCACAGGGAGCUGAGCCAGAUGGGGCCAAUGAAAAAUCCAUUCAUUUUAUCGUGGCUUUGAUUCUUGUAGUUUUUCUUGUCUAA